AUGUCAAUAUACGCGCAGUCUCAGAUCUGCUCCGAGUCCGCAAAUGACAUUGCAGCAGGUCCAAGCAACGCCGUUGAAUUCCAACAAAAUGCAACCACACCCACCGAACCUCAAGCAGCCAGUGCUACAGACCGCAGCAUCCAGAAGAUCAUGAAGAUGCACGACCACUGGCGACAUCCACUUGCCCAUCGUCGAGUCCUGAUAAGGAUUGUGAUCUGCUGCGGGACAACAGAGAAUCCCCACUUAAUUGUCCAAAAGAAUGAACAUAAUCAGAGAACUGAGGUGAUUCACCAACUCUGGCCCCUCUGUCUGAUCAGGUCUAAUGUCAAUCCUUCGACCUUGGAAAAGGUUAUUUCCAAAACUAUGAAGAAGCCUAUUACUGAAGAUGAAAUAUUGAAACUUGCUUCUCCAUGGUUCUCACAAUUCAACUACAAUGUGAGGCGCAGGCUGAACGACACCCUUGACUCUCACACAGGCUUUGGCCUCGGGGAUGGUGCAUAUGGUGAUGUUUUGACGGAUAAGAUCUGGAGUGCAUUCAGAUGUUUAUCAGACCAUUUGCACACGUGCUCCCACUUUCCGACAAUGGAUUUUACAAAUUCUUGA